AUGGAGGCCGCGCUGAAGCGGGAGCUGGGCACCUCAGUGCUGCGGCCCACGGGCCACUCGGGCGGCGGCUGCAUCAGCCAGGGCCAGAGCUACGACACCGACGGGGGCCGGGUCUAUGUGAAGAGCAACUCCAAGGCGGAGGCCAGAAGAAUGUUUGAGGGAGAAAUGGAAAGUUUGUCAGCCAUCCUACAAACACAGACAGUAAAGGUGCCCAAACCCAUCAAAGUUAUAGACGUGCCAGGAGGCAGCACUCUAUUUGUGAUGGAGCAUUUGGAAAUGAGGAGUCUUAACAGGCAUUCAGCAAAGCUUGGAACACAGUUGGCUGAUCUCCACCUUCACAACCAGAAACUUGGAGAGAAGAUGAAGAAAGAGGGGAACACUGUUGGUAAAAGUGAGGGGCAAACAGACAUCCAGUUCGUGGAUCGAUUUGGCUUUCAUACAGUCACCUGUUGUGGCUAUCUCCCACAAGUGAAUGACUGGCAGAAUGACUGGGUAACUUUCUAUGCCAGGCAGCGAAUCCAGCCCCAGAUGGAUAUGGUUGAAAAGAAUUCAGGAGACAGGGAGGCAAGAGAACUUUGGGCACAGCUUCAGCUGAAGAUACCCAGUUUGUUCUGUGACUUGGAGAUCGUUCCUGCUCUCCUUCAUGGGGAUCUGUGGGGAGGAAAUGUAGCCGAGGAUGACUCUGGCCCCAUUAUUUUUGACCCUGCCUCCUUCUAUGGUCAUUCAGAAUAUGAACUUGCGAUAGCCGGGAUGUUUGGUGGUUUCAGCAACUCUUUUUACUCUGCUUACCACAGUAAAAUUCCCAAAGCUCCAGGGUUUGAGAAACGACUCAAACUGUAUCAGCUUUUCCACUAUAUGAACCACUGGAACCAUUUUGGAUCAGGGUACAGAGGGUCUUCUCUAAACAUCAUGAGAAACCUGGUAAAAUGACUUCACCCUCAAGCAGA